AUGGGUACUAUAUGUUGAUGACACGUUUGUCAUUGUUAAAAGUGAUCAACUGGAAAUACUUCACAAUAUUAUAAACUCAACACUUCCUGGAAUCACAUUCACACUCGAGAAGGAGGCUGACAACAAACUCCCGUUUCUUGAUGUCCUCGUACAGAGAAAGCCUGAGGGGACAUUUCAUACUUCGGUUUACCGCAAAGAAACCUACGCGGAAGUCCUUUUGCAUUACGAGAGCAAUCACCCGAUCUCUCACAAACGGAGUGCCGUGAACAGCCUCCUUAACCGAGCAAGAACCCACUGUUCUGACAACGAAACAUAUCAAACAGAACUGAAUUAUUUGUUCAAACUGUUUUCACAGAAUGGGUAUCCUAGAUAUUUUGUACACCGAUGCAUGCGACGACAGGAGUUAAAAGAAAAAGAGAAGGAACCAGAUUGUUCCGAUCAGGCGCCCAAACCUAAAAACUGGCGAACACUUCCAUACAUUAAGAAUGUGUCCGAACUAGUUGAAAAACACCUGAGUAAACACCAGAUACAUGUGGCGCACAAACCGACGACUACACUUCGUAACCAGCUUGUACACCCUAAGGAUAGGGUUGGCUAUUUAGAAAAGAAGGAAGUCGUCUACAAGAUACCAUGCAACACCUGUAAUGCAGUUUACUGUAGUCAAACUGGGAAAUCAGCCUCUAAUCGAUUACAAGAACAUCAGUUGGCCGUAAAAAGGCGCGACCACUUGUCCCGAGUUGCCAUGCAAACGUUGGAAACGGGGCACAAAUUCGCCUGAGACAGGACUCGCAUUGUAGGUGUCUGCUCAUCCAAAAAGGGCCGUGAAUUUUUAGAGGCCAUCCAUUCUGAUAGCGCAUGCAUCAAUCGACACGUAGAAUUGGAUACGGUGUACAACAGCCUCAAGGAAAAGUGGAAAAGGCGUUAGCCAAUCAGAACAUUACACUAGCAGGAGUGACAAGGCAAAAUCGAUUUUUCGGUGUGUUUAAAUGUUAACUGUUUUGCACACUUACUUCACGUUUGAAGACGACUUGGGGAACCAAGAUCGAAAAUUGACAAUAAAACUUGUUUAUCUUUCCCAAAGAGCUUAUUUCUUUCGAAUUAUGAUUCUUGGGAUGCCUGUUUUCAAAUAUAUAUAUAUGUACGUUACCUAAGCUAUACGCAGACAGCUGUUUCACGGUUGUUACCAGUCAUCAGUGCAUCAUAGGCCUUAUGUACAUAUAUGUGCACGCAUAUGCGGUGUAUUGACUUCUGAUAAAUUAGUCCCAGGCGUAUUGGCCUCCUCUGCCAGACCACUUGAAGAGUCGCUUAGCUUUUCGUUGUUUUAAAGGGUCCUAGCUAUAUAUUUGCCCACAGAAAAUGCCUAAGUGCACAUUGAAUUUAACCCACUUAUUCUCUUGUUGUUCAAUAAUCCGACAUCUGUCAGCGUUUGCAGUCAUUUUACAAAUUGGAAUAAUUUUAAUUAUAUGUCGCUCUGUGCAACCCCAUUUUAUCUGUCUUUACUUAGUUCCCACCAGCGUCAGAAACGUGGUGGCCUCCGUCCUCUCGGAGGAAUCGUUUUCUGUGAAGUGGGAUCCUCCGGCAAACUACAACGGUCCUGCCGGUCCAACAAAAUUACACAUUUGGACGCCAAACGGAAUGGAAAAGGAGGAAAAUGUAACGCAUUCUUCCUCCUCCUCCUCCUCCAAAACCUUCGAGGGACUUAAGUCCAGUGUGCCGUACUACGUGUCACUGAUGGCAAGCACAGCGGAAGAAGAAGGCACGUGCAGAGGCCAAGAUGGCGAAUCACUUCUUGCUGGACUGGUCUAUCUGGAAUCGAAAGGUAGGCAGAAGGGGACAUCAUUUUAACCACAUCGCCUCUUGGAUGCUCAUCUGCCACCGCCUCCACGCCCGCCUCUAGCCAUCUCGAUAAUGUUUUGGCACUCAGACAUGUGAGAAGAAUGGGUGAAGUAGGUGCAAUGCAAGUCACUGUCCUAUUUGGUUGUGGCAGAUCAACUGAUACAUUCGCCAUUGAAAGGAAAACAGGCAUGUACAGUAAAAUUUAUUGGGGCCAAUAGACUUCGUGACGGCUAAUCAACUGCAGCCCGUCUCUACAUAACAUAGGUAAUGAAUGAAAGCGCACAGCAGUAGGAAUUUGCACAGAAUGUCAGUGCGUAAGUGCAAGGUCAAGGUUCAAGGCAGUGAAUAGUCAGAAGAAAGACGUUCCCAUAAGUAUCAUAUAGGAAAGAGGGAGACGGAAUGUUACUAACAAAUCACAGUCAGGAGUACCUUGAGGCGUGAAGGUUACCAGGGCGAUUGCAGAUUGAUCAUGUGGUCCAACUGCUUGCAUAGGUCUGGUUUCUCCCUCCGUAUGUAAGCUGCUUCCGGGUAACGCAAGGUUCGAGUUGUAUGCGCUCGGACAAGUACUCGAAAAGCCGUCUUAGGGUCGACAACAUGACCGCUAUCUAACAGAUGUUUCGUUAUAGACGAACGGGGGGUUUUGUUUUCCUGUUUGAAGAGCCAAUUAGGCAAAUGCUCAGCGGCCCUGGUUCCCAAUUGCCUUUGCGUUCGCCCAAUGUACUUGCAUCCGCAAGUGCAUGUGCUUGUUCUUUCUAGGGUGCAACGCAAGCGUCGCUUGAUUGUGUUUGAGACGUUGUCCCCCCCUUAAAAGGUAAACAUCGGGCUUCUUCUGAACGGACUGCAAAUGGCCGCAAAUGGUUGCUGUACUUCUGAAUGAAGCGUGCAGGAUAGUCAAGCUUGCAAACCGCGCCAUUACAAGACGCUCAUCUGAUGAAAAGGGCCUCCCGUAUGAUGAACUCGGUUGCUCAGCAACUGUGGUCACUUGUAUCAAUAGUGUGCUCUUGGGCAGUAUUUGCCUCUUCCUACUUAAUGCAUCAUUCAAAGUUCUCAAACUCUUUACUGUUGGAGGCUAUGAGUUGUAAUCAAACGUCCAGGGGCUACCUCUGAUAGCCUUUGGGGGGUCGAAAUCCGUCCCACUUGCCACACAGCGAUUACUUGGACCCUGCAGUCGACAAGUGCCGCCUGGACUGUCGUAAGCGACGGCGUCCAUCAGGUACUGCAUGCAGUAGACGGAGCGACGGAGGUUUACGCAACAUCUAUCGCACCCUCGCCUCCAUCACCCACUUGGCUCUGAUGAUGAGAGCAAGCAAUGUGCCAGGUUUUCGUGAAAUUGGGCGACUCGGAUCCCACGAGCGUGUGAGUGUCGUGGAGGCCGCAUAAAAUAGGAGGGCCGUAUCACAGUGGCCCCCAGUCCUAAGAGGGACCGAGUUAUCCCCCCCCCCCGCCCCCAGCGAGUAAUGAUAAUGUCGCUUUUGAUAGAGAGCCGGCGUGUCACUUCGGGGUUGGUCAUCGCAGAAGCAUGGGGGACAUUCCUCCUAGAGCGCAACAGCCCUGCUGUGGUGGGCGGGUCAUUUCUUUUCCACGUUGUGUCGGCAAGACGGGGUCUUUAUUGCCGCAGGGACUCUAGGCGAAUGUUUGACCGACUUCGAUCUGCACACGUCUACUCCUCCUCCUCCUCCUCUUCCUCCUCCUCCUCCUCCUCCUCCUCCUCCUCCCCCUCCUCCUCUACGAAGCGAUUUGCUUGUAGAGGUCCGAUACCCUCGCGGUUGAGCUGCCAAGUUCAUAAGCGACAAGGGCGGCUGUACUCCUGUUUGGCCGAUCGUCGAUGCGGUAUUCUAACAUGCCACAUGUAGCCCAAGCAUCCUUGCUCAGUUUAAUUAAGGUAUGGGCAUGCAGUCUCUUGAUCGAAUUCUCUUAACUUAUUAUCUAUCUAGCGGAUAGGCGGUGAGUCUUUAAAUACUUUAUCUUAACUGUUCCCAUUUUAUCCGAAACCUUUUGCGAUCCGGGGCGAGGGGUAGAAUGAUUUUGAUUUAUCCGGGCCGCCUCUGUACUACAACAUUAUUGCCUCCAAAUCCAGCGUCGCCUCGGUUACCCGCUAUUUCAGUACUUGAAGAGAGGACGCCACUUUGUCAGUCGUCACUAAUGCGUGUCCGUUGGAAAUGUUAGCUGUGUACGAAUCGAAUUAUAAUAUUAAAGAGCUUUGUGGCGUGAUCUUCACGCUCCUCCAAGUUCCUGCUGCCGCAAUCGCAAGAGAAGCGGUAACAGCAGUCGUUAUUUGGACACUUUUCAGAAUACCUAUCCGCUUCCUAAGGGACUUGUUUUUGAUGAUAGAGCGAAUUCCCACGUCAAAUCCCUCCUCCUUUUACAGAUGGCUACUUUGAAGCAUGUGCAUUUAACUUCAUCUUAAUUAAAUGUACAGUUUUUAAGCCUGUACGUGAUUCAGCGAACACGACCCUGAUAGAUACAGUACUUGACGUAACAUAUGAAAGGUAUCGAAAUUUACGAAUAAUUACUAAUCACUUGCAAGCCCACACAAAUGCAUGGACCCAAUAUCUAUAUUGAUAAAGAACAACCCUAAGGGAAUUGAAAACAUAAGAGAAAUAUUAAAGGUAAUGUCACAUUGUCUGGAAAAACCGAUUUUUUCAGAAAGGCAGAAAAUUUCAGAAAUGUCAAAAAUGGUCAUAAUUUAGCGAACUUCGGUUUGCGGUGUUCAGAAAGCAUGUUCACGCAGAAAACGGAGAAAAUAUGACAGCGAAACAUAAAAUAAUGUUUAAGAAUAGUCUUUUAAUAAGGUUUGCAACUAAAUAUCCUAUAGGAAUUAGUGUAGUGUCAGGUGUGGUGGCUGUCUAACGGCUUACAUUCUGAUCACAGAUUGCAAAAUGGUUUUCUGCGAAUUCGUUGUGUUUUCUACGCUUUUGUAUUGGUUAAGAUGCGGUUUAAGAAGACAAACAUGAUUUUGCUUGAUUUCCCGACAAGGACAUCAUAGAAAUAAAAGUUUCAUAAGAUCACACUUUGCCAGGCCGGUCGAGUACGCAAUCAAACUCUAAGACAGGUAUUAGCAAGGGAAAUUGCCCGAAUAUAUCACAAUGUCUACUUUCGUCCAGAUCUAUUUUCUUGCCUGAUAUAAUUGCGUUGACACGUUUUCUGCACAAAAUGAUUUUUUAUCGAAAUAGGUUGACGAUUGAGCAAACUACGGAAUGUUAAAGGAGUCCGGCAAUUCUCACAUCGGACUUUACCAUCAAGUUUUACGAGAUAGGUCACGAACUGCACCUUCAACAGUCGAGGACUUCAGCACUGCACGGACAAAUAGUUGAUUCUUGCGUCAUUUUAAAAAGUGUUUGUGUUCAUUGCAAAUGUUUUAUGCGACUUAUCUAUCCAGGGAAAAAAUUGUGAAACUUCGUAAAGCAUCCGAUUUUAUGGAGAAACCUUCCAAAAUAAACCGCUAUAUCCCGUAAUGCGUUUCAAAACUAGGUGUGAAAGAGGUGGCGAACAUUGUUUUAAUCGAGUCGCUGAACUUGAGACACAGCAACUUGUGUUGUCGCCAAAGCGUGCUAAGACGUUUCGCAAAUACUUGCUUGACAACGCCGUAAUCCCAUGGAGCACUGAAUAUUUCCAGUCGUCCACGGAUGCAUUCCGUUCAGGUUACCAGUUAUCUUAUUGGCUAGUAUUUAGGACGCAGAUGUCUGUAAUUGACUAUCCUACUCUCUCGUUCGUUGAUUGCUUCAGAUCAUCCUAUCCCGCCCCCGGAUGUUAGGCUGACAGUUUUGGCUGCGACUGCCCUCAGAGCAGAGUGGACUCAGAAAGAAUCUGUCGACCCCGAAAUCCUUGCCUACACCUACAAACUCACAGUAAACUCAUCCGGAAGUUUGGCUCAGAUUGGCUACUUGCCAGCAACAGCUCGAAGUCUCGUUUUGAACAACCUAGCACCAGUCACUAAGUACAACCUGGAGAUCUCCGCCAACGGCAUCUAUACGCACGGCAUCGCUCAUGAGUCAGCUACAACUGCUCCAGGCGGUAAGCUACCUCUUUUCUCAACCGCUGUCCUUUAUGAUGUUUAUUUGAAAAAAAUAUGUAACCUCUCGAACCAGUCCUAGAGCGAAGGGUUGGAUAAUGCACCUAGAGAAGCAAGAGCAAGGGAAUGCGCUUUAUUUUGAAAGUUUCGUUCAAAAUAUUCAGCAAAAAAGGCCCCAGAUCAGAAGGCAUUAACAAAUUACACAAGAGUCAAAAGAUUUGCAUUAAAGGAUGAACAUAUAUUACGGGGGGACAGUUUAGGUCUCAGUCUCUGUAUUUCUGUUUCUUUAAACGUAAGUUGUCGUGCCAGAAAUGACCAUACGGAACGCUGGCAUGCCGAUGUCCGGCAAGAGAUAUGUCGACCACCUCCGUGUAUGGGGCGGAAAGACCUUGCAGCAAUUACAUCCGAGUGGAGAGGAUGGGCAUCGUCUAGAAUUCGAUCAGCAAAUUGCCUGACCGUUGUGAUGUAUCGUUGUACUAUCAUAUCAACUAAAACGACCUAAGAAACACCGGCAUCAGAGGGGAACAAUUGGAGGACACGUUUCAAAAUUAGCAUAUCGUUUUUAAGCAACUCAGAAAAAAUAACCGGAGAAUAAUAAAGAAUGAGAGGGAGAAUACGCCCAUUUGGGAAUCGCCAGAUUAGGGGUUGAAGUGUUUGGUAGGAAUAUAAACGACGAAUUUAAUAAAGACGUUUCCACAAUUUAGUGAAAAUGGUCUCAAUAUGGAGGAAAAAAUGAAAGAUUUGAUGACAAGGUAACAUCAAGGUACCGGACAGAAAAGGCCUCGCUGGGACUAAUAUCUAAGGAUUCAGAACUGGGAGAGGGUCGCAGUCGGGAAACACACUGGACUGGUUUCUGAUUAUUUAUUAGAAGACCAUUUUUCAGCAACCCUGCUGAGACAUGGUUCAGGCCAUUGUUCAGAAAUUGAAAAUGUGACUGAUUUUCAAGAGGAUGACCAACAACCAUAUCGUCAGCAUACUUAACACAGGAGACAGUCAUUUGACGAUCUCAAGUCAUCUUCAAGCCAAGAGGAACUCCGUAGCGAACUUUUCUUAUCUGUGAAUGUUUUCGUCUAACUGGUAGACUUUGAGAGUCAUUCUUCUACUUUGAGGUAUGGAAACUUACUCAUUACUUUACAACGACUCAAUGUAUUUUAUAAUUGAUACUAAACUCUUCGGUCACAGACAACAGUGACUCCCACUGUCCGGGAGAGGACAGAAUGAUGACCUGUGUAGGAAAGUACAAUAGGUGGGCUUACUCAUAAAAUGUUAACCGAAAUUCUGAAAUGCGUUUUCGUUUCGAAAAGAUUAAUUAAGUAGUGUUGUAGAACUAGUCAGCCUGCAACACAAUAAUUCAGUUACGCCAGGAUGUCGACUUUCAAAUGAACUUCCCUCCGGCUGCAUGCAAAAACUACCCUCUGUAAAAAAUGACUACUUAAGCAGCAUGCAGUUUUCUCAUUGAUUUUCUAUGCUUCUAAAAGUCUAAUUAAAUUUCAUGGAAAACUUGCAUGAAAACAUUUAUUCUUUGCUCAUUCGGUAAAAACUUGCGUCGUAUUUCAAUUUUAUACUCGAACGAAGGGUAUUAUUAAGUUUUAAAAAAGUUUCUAAUUGUGAAACUUUUUAAUGCCGUGAAAUGGCCGUUCAUAAAACGUCAUGUCUCUGCAUUAACCAAUGUGGCUUUUAAAGUUAACAAUAUGGAUCAAAUCCAAUGCUAAAUUUUAUGAACCCCUUAUAGUCUACUAUUAACACCGUAGAGAAAUGUGUGGUUUACCAUACGCGGAAAACACAUGGCUUGCAGUUUUGAAACUCUGGAUGCAAGUGUGACGGCAGAGUGGGUUCAAAAUGAUUCGGCUUAGUUCCCAAUUAAAUGGGAGCGCCAUUGCAGCCUGGCCCUCGUUAGUUGGCUGCCUUCCAAACCACGGCGUUUAGCGCACCCUGUAGGUUUCCUUCUCCACUAGAAAACCCCUCGAGAAAAGUGCCGCCCAUCCUGUUCCUAUCGCUUGACUAUAAUGCGCGUGUACUUGGUGUUCAAUUAUCGGCAGGAUGGUAUUGCCGACAAAGAAAAGGGGGACUGGAAUGGCCAUUUCUGGCUUAUUAGCCGUCGUCAGCCAGCCAUACUCAAGCCCGAAGUGUGGAACACCCGAGCCUCGAACUCGCGACCUGUUAGUUUAGAAGUCCACGUCUCUACCCACUGGGCCACGAGUCCGUUGCCCUGUCGUCAGUUUCGAUCGGACAUUCCGUGCUGCACUUUGCGACUGCUUUGCGGAGUUUCCUUGGAAACGAACCAAGGGAGGGGCACUUUUUGCCUUGCAAUCGGUAUGGCUGAAGUUGAGAAUUUGAGCGACCGUGCAUAGUUCGCAAAGAAGAGUCUGGGUCGCAGACUUUAACCCGCUCAGACGCAAUCAGCCUCUGCACAUCAAUCUAGCAACUGCCAUUGUGCGUCUAGCAUACUUUAAAGCUGCAUCGACCUUUUUUUCCAGCAGACUACGUGCCAACGGUUCCAUCAAUUCAGCUACUUCGAUUAACUACUGAAGACGUCUUUUAUCGAUUACUGCCGCCUCCUUGUCUUCACGACACUUGAAAAAUGUGACCUCAGGGGCCAGCAUGUUCUUUCACCCGAGCAACCUUGCAGUUCAAAUGUCAUAAGGCCGUUAUCCAUUAUGGUGGGCUCACUUUUAUCCUUAAAUCUAUCCCCUACCUCGUCUACAGUGCCUGGCAGCGUUCAAAAUCUCACCGUCGAAAAGAAGUCAGAUUCUUCGAUAGAGGCCAAGUGGGAGGAGCCUUUAAAAGCACCCGGCACUGUCUCCAGCUACCGGUGCGUACUUUACUCUGGCAGUCUUCCAGCAGAGUGGCAAACUGUCAGGACAACCUCAGUCACCUUCAAAGAACUGGAUAAGAGCAACAGCUACCGUGUGGGCGUCUCGGCCAUCAUUGACCCGAUCAACCAGAACAUUGGCGGUGGAAUGGGUCCGGAGAGUAUGAGCGAUUUCGUACACUUGUCUGGAGAAGAAGCAGGUGCGUCCAACUAGUAUUUUAUUAAUUUAUGUCUCCUUUUUGUCUUUUGCCAGUCAAAAGUUCCGGCUUUAUGGAUCUCUUUAACAUCUAAAACAACAGGAAGUUUACUUACGACAGCAUCGAAAACUGCCCCACUUGAGGAAUCGUCUUUCCGAAAUAAUUGGGAAUUAUGGGGGGUGCGCGCGCUCGCUUUCUAGUUUUAUUCGACGCUGAUGCUACUGUUCACUGGAUUGGGCAUUAACUAGGCCCUGAACAGUAGUUAUUUCAGUAGCCGCAACCAACUAGAAGGCCGGGAGCACCGGAGUUCCAAAUUUCUUUAAGUCCGAUCUUCAAUACUACUUGCACCUUAGGUUGCCUACCAGCUAGUCCAUCCUUUUCACAAUUCAGGACUCAGUUAAUGUCUGAGUCUCCUUAUUCGCCCUUCAUUUAUCCAUGGGCACUUCCAUACUCCAAGGUGAGGACCUGACUGUUUUAACUCCAUUUAAUAGCCUGUAUUCUUUGUUUAUGUAUCUGUGUAAGUGUCGACGUACCGACGGUGACAGCAGUUCACAAGCCCUUGAUGGAGAAUGUACAUUUGUGCUAUUUCUUGAACUCGGCAGUGAUGUCCCAUUGGCCUUUUCUUUAGACCAUAGUGUUCUCGAAGGUUUUUCUGCCUAAAAUUAACUGAAUUUGUUAAAAGUGAGGGCUAUCACCCUCUUCUUCAGGACAUCAGGCGGUUUGCAUAGCGCCAGGAAGGAGACGGUUUACUCUUCUAGAGGGAUGUUCACUGAUCGCGUUCUGCCUCGGGGCUCGAUCUGGGACCCUUCAGGCAGCCCCACCGCGGCUAGUAGUGUUAGCAGAAUGACGUUGUAGGCGAAGACAAGGGGUACUGGAGUGACCAUUUCCGGCUCAUUAGCCGUCCUCAGCCAGUCAUGCUCAUCCUCGGGUCUUCUGCGCGACCCGUGAGACUCGAACCCUCAACUUGUUGGUUAGAAGUCCAAAGUCCCUAUCCACUGAGCCACGGGCUUGAUGUCCUGUCGAUUGCGAUCGGGCGAUUGCUGGUCACCUACCCCUCCGGCAUCUGCCGUUCAGUCCUCAACCUGUGUGGUGUUACAGAGCAGUCACUCGCCGGGUUCAUGUCAGCGAGGUGACGAAUAGCUGAGGUGAGGAUCUGAAUGUAACAUAGUUGACUGAAGGACAGAGAAAAAACAAUUUGAGUUAAUUGACUGCGCAAGUUCCCAGCAGACACCUGUAUUUCGAUCGAAAACCGAAAAUGAGCUUGACAUCGAGAUGCCGGAAGUACAGCCAUGGGCAGUCAUCCUCCCGGGCGGCAGGCUACUACAACGAGAUUCGUGACCUCAAACUUGUUCACCUCCGGUGCACUUUGGCCAAUCGAGCAGCGCCGAAUUUCUUUCGGAAUUACUAGACCUCGCCAAUUACAUGGCAAUGUUCCUACUUGCAGUGCUAAUUAAAUUAAUUAGAAAUCCACAGGCCAUAAAUUGGCAGCCAGAACUUGGGUUCUACCAGAUCGAUGACUUGCUUACUAAUUGACUGAAUCUGCCUACGGACAUGUUAUCUCAUAUUCGACAAUUAGGGUGGAUAAAAUGUAAAUGGUCCUUGCUUUCUGGACCAGAGCUCCGGAACAAAACGAAAGCUAGUCCAUAGUGAUCUGAAGGGCGGGGUACUUGUCCAAACAAUGAUAUGAACAGCCAACAGACGCUUCGAACGGUAGUCAGGAUAGUACUUGUGCCAGUGCAGAUUAAGAUAAACGAAAGGCAGUGGGAGUUAUUGUUGCUUUUUUAUUUUCUCAGAAAUUAACUGCAACCUUGGAGUAUAUUCUAGGGUCUAUAGGAGCAAACGGAAAUUUUAUGCAUGAAUAUCUGGGCUCUAAGUCCAUAAGCCACAGUGGAUAAUCGCGUAAUAUAAGUUAAUUGGCGACAGGCAGCUAGUAGUAUAUUUUAGAGUAGGAAGAUACCAUACUAGCAACACAGUUACUAGCUAAAAGCCCAUACGCGCGUGUUUCGCCGAUAUUCUACCCCUGCAUGGCACAGCUGCGAGGGGUUCGGCUCAUCAAUGGGUCCUCCAGCAUUCCCAACGCUUUUUUUCGAAAAUGAGGUAUUCAACCUUCCUUGGCUUCUCGAGUUUGGCAAAACACCGAAUCUGAAGCUGAAAGUAAAACGUGAGUCUCGAUAAGAACGCCCGGAAAGGGAAUGCGUAACAACAAAAGUAGGCCAGUAGAACGCUUAGUAAGGAAGAGGACGAAAAUAGCACGACUGAACUGCUCGACUCCCCGUCCUCGAGUUCAGACCAACCAAUCGUGUUAAUUAACCUAAAAUGUGCUGUUGGUUGUGCCACUGCUAUUUAAAUCGGACUGUACCCCCCAAUAAAUGUUGAAAGCGUACCUUAUUCAUACCGAGUUCCAGCCUUCGAAAAGUCCACUUCGCAUGGAGUUCGAAAGCGUCCGCCUGCUCGUUUCCAUAUCGGACUCCACCAACCAAUCACAGCGCGCGCAAUUCCUGCACAAGUACAUGUCGGACCUCUACGACGAAUCAUAUGCUGGCCUUGAAUGAUUUGCAUGUCUAAUUAAGAUCCUCAUUUCGCUGCUAUCAGAGCCAGCUAAGUAGAAGGCGGUAGUUGCAUUCAACCUGCCGCCAUUUCUUCUAAAAUGGGUCCAUAAUCCUUUGAAGGUUUUCGGUACUUCCUUUCUUCGGUUUUUAUUAUUUCGAAGAGGACUACUGACCCCCCCCCUUUUUCGUGCAUCAAACUUGCAGCCCCUGAGCUGGGCCCUCCAGUGGACCUCAAUGCCACAGCCGAUGGCCCCUUUGUUAUCGCACUCUCGUGGAAGCCUCCAGCUCCGGCGAAUGUUCCUGUGUACUUCUACAAGAUCACCAUCACUGAGGAUGGCGGUUUGAGCCGAACAGAAGUGGCCUCGGGAAGUUCCACUUUCCGCCUUCUGGUGGGACUGAAGCCAAACACGGGGUACAACAUUGUGAUGAAGUCGAUUGGUCUGCAAACUGAAAGUCCAGACACGCAACCUGUCAGUGCCAAAACGACCGUGGGCGGUAAGCUGCAGGAUAUGUCUGCGUUUCCUGUCUUCUACUUUCGCCUCCUUCUUCCUCUUCAUUUCAAAACAUCUAUCGAACUGCCCUUCUCCGCCUCCCCCUCUCUAUCCUUCUCUAUCUACUCCUCUAUUAUUGUCUACAUACCUAACUUACUUUUCUGCAUUGAACUGCACCCAUCCUCCUUGGUUUAACCGCCCCUUGUCGUCUUGUUCUUUCUUCUUAUUUUAAUUUCCUCAGAAAUUAACUACGAACAUGGAAUAGGUCACUGUAUUCGGGGUCUAUAGGCUCAGACCGAUAAUUUUAUGUAUGAAUAUUUUGGCCAAAGUCCAUCAACCACAGCGGGUAACCGCGUAAUAUUCACUAACUGCCGACAGGCAGCUAGUAGUAUACUUUAGGGUAAGGUGAUACCAUACUAACAGCACAGUACUAGCUAAAAGCCCAUACACGCGUGUUUCGGCGAUAUUCUGUCGUUGCAUAGCGCAGCUGCGAGGGGUUGAGCUCGUCAACGGAUCCGCCAGCAUUCCCCGUCUGUUUUCUGGUAGAUACUCCAAUUUAGAAAUCGUAGCCUUUUAAUUUAUUCAGAAAUUAACUACCACAUUGGAGUAGAUCAGUUUAUUCAAGCUCUAUAGGCGAGAAUCUUAUGUACUAAUUUUUGGACCGAAGUCCAUCAGCCACGUCUGUUAACCGCGUAAUAUUCACUAGCUGCCGACAGGCAGCUAGUAAUGUACUUUAGGGUAAGGGGAUUCCAUACCUUUGAACUCCGGUCGGUUCCACCGAAAAAAAAAACAGUUAAGUCUGCAAACCGAGACUCAGGUCACGGGCUUUCUCGUUUUGGUUUUCUCCUUCCUCUUCUUCCUCUCCAUCUAUGGUCACUAUUCACAUAUUUACGCCCUACUCCCUCGUUGCUGCUCUCCAUCUUUCACCUUCCAUAAAUUCUUUCCUUUCCUGCCCAUUCUUGUCAUCCGUGCCUCUCCCUUCGCCCGUUUUGCUCCUUCAUCAGACUCCUCAUCAUCGUCAUCAGACGCCUCCACCGCCUGACUCCGUUCUGCACCUCAGAUUCUGUGGUAUCUUGCCCUCGUCCAACUUCACCUCUCUUCACGCGACCGUUCUUACACCUCCUUCACUACUCUUCUCCUACGCGCCCCUCUCCCCACACUUCUCCUCCCCCCUCCCUGCCUCACUCGGUUUUCCUUUUCCCCCUCUGCUCCCAUCUUCACUAAAGUGCUUUUCUAGCCAUGUUUGUCGGCUUUGUUGCCUUCCUUCUACGCAUCCACUGUCCCCCCCUUGAAUCGCAUGUGCUCUCGUUCCAUCCAUGCUCAUGUCAUUCCUCUUUUGGCUCUUUUGUCCAUUCCCCUUUUAUCUCUUUUCCCUCCCUCCUUCUCCUCACUCCUCAUUUACAGUGAGUGUCCGAUCUCAUGAAAUGUUGACCAAAAUUCUGAAAUGCGUUUUCGAUUAGGAAGGAUUACUUAGGUGGGGUUGUAAUAUUGAUUGUCCGACGACAUAAUCCUAGGGUAUUUCGGAUUUGGCAAGAUGUCAGCUUUUGAAUGCACUUCUUUUCAAUCUCCUGUACAAACGAUACUCGGUAAAAAAUGAAUACUUAAGUAGCAUGCAUUUUUCACACUGAUUUUCGAUGGUCCAACAAAUCCAAAUAUAUGUUGUAAAAAACAUAAACAAAGACAUUCUUUCUUUCACUCGUUUGACAGAUAAUCACGUCAACUUCAUAUUUUACUCUCAAAGAAAGAGUACAAUUAGAUUUUAAAACACUUUUCUAAUUCGCGAAUAAUUUGGAGCCCGAUCUGCCCGCGCCUAACGAUUUCAGUCUUCAAGGUGCAUGCGUUCCGCGUAAGGAAAGUCAUGCAUUUUCCUAUACCUUUAAAAGAUGUCAUACUGAGUCCAUAGAAUUUUGCAGUGAAUGCAGACUAUGUUAUACAUUUCAUGAGAAGCAAUGCUAAACGGACAGGUACGAUGCUUUAUGCAUGAAAAUUGCACGGUCUUAAAAAAUCUCAUAAUUUGAAACUUUUUAAAACCUAAUUGUACUAUUUUUUCGAGUGUGUAAAACAUGAAGUUGACGUGAUUCUCUAUCAAACGAGUGAAAAAAAAGAAUAUCAUUGUUCAUGUUUUUAUAAAAUAUAUUUUGACUUGUAGGAUCAUCGGAAAUCAGUGUGAAAAACGCAUGCUGCCUAAAUAGUCAUUUUUACGGAGUACGGUUUCUACGGGAGAUUGAAAAUAAGUGCAUUCAAAAGCCGACAUCUUGCCAAAUCCGAAACACCAUAGGAUUAUGCCGCGGGAUAAUCAAAAUUACAACCCCACCUAAGUAAUCCUUCCUAAUCGAAAACGCAUUUCAGAAUUUUGGUCAACAUUUCAUGAGAUCGGUCACUCACUGUAUGUCUUCUCCCUCAUUUUUCCUUUCUUCCGUUUCUGCACCGCGUCCGGUGUCAUCGCGUUUGUCGCCUCUCAGUGUUUUUCGGACACGAAGUCAAGUCUCGGGAACAUGAAUUAUAGAGGUAGACCCGAACUUUCAAUGAAAAAUUGAGUCGAAGACGUAGUACUACUUGCUUGUCGAGUGAACAUUACGUGGUUAUUCUACAGUAGUUUAUUUUCUUCGACUCAAUUUUUUAUUGAAAGUUCAGGUCUGACCCUAUAAAAUCAUGUCUCGGGGACAUAAUUCAACUUCCUGCAAUAAGGAAUUUCAGAAAUUAUUCGCACAAGAGAGUUCGGGGGUUUCCGAGUUUGACUGUAGACGGUAGGGCUUGGUGUUUUAUUCACAUAUCUCCUAUUACAUCGCCGUCCAAUUGUGUUGUUAUUAACAUCAGGGAAGUUAAGUGUCAGUUUACGGACCCGUCGCAUUACUUGCGGUCCACUAUUCUCCGAAUAUUCGUUGUCCACCCUAUAACAGCGGACUGCAAGAAGACAUUUUUAAAAAAUAUCCAAACAGGUGCUUUAUUGAUUUGCCUAGUUUCUUACCGGGGGGGUUUCUUGGAAAGAAAUUUUACUCAGUGAGCAACGGUCAAAAUAGCACCUAGUUUAAAAUAUGUAUUGACCAUAUGAGCGUAUUGUUGACCUAUUUAAUUUUAUCUCAUAUUUUUUAACUGAAAAGUCACUUUUCAUCGGCCAAUGUUACUUGUGUACGACUCCGAAUAUUUCUGACCUCAGUCGUCACGAUUUUUCAGUCAGCACAAAAUUGCACACUUUUUCCGAUCAAUUUUGUUCAAUCUUUUUGCUUGUCGAGGUUGAGAAACAACAGUCAGUCAUUUGAGUUCAUCAUCGGAAAUAAGUAGCGGUCAAUAAGAAAGGCAGGUUCUGUUACAAAACAACCAGUCGACUUCCCUAUUCGCCACUGCGCGCGGAUUUACCAUGCAAACACGUGUUUCGGCGACGAGGCUCAUCAGUGGGUCACCAGGCAUUCAAUUUCCAAUGUCUAACUUUGUCCAGUGAUAACCAUUUCUUCCUUAAAGUUGGUAAAUGGCCCUUCUGGAAUGUGUCCCACCUCACUACCUCCUUUACAUGCUUGUCUUUUUCUGCUGCACAAAAUCUCGCAGUCAUCAAUAUUACUUAAUUGAGGCCUAUGCCUGUUAAAUGCAUGUUUCGUGUUUUUGUUACUCCAACGUCCACAGUGCCCUCCGCUCCCCUGAGAGUUACAGCGAAAGUGGUUAAUUCCACUGAGGCUCAAGUUUCUUGGAGAGAGCCUGCUUCAACGGGGUCCGGCGUGACCGGAUACAAUGUCACCGUGCGACGGGGUGGAACGGAACUCGACUACCAGGAGGUAGACAACUCGACCACCUGCGUCUUCUCCGCCCUGCCCGAGUUCGCCGAGCUCGUCUUUGUUGUCGCUGCGAAAUCGGACAUCGGAAUCGGAGAGUCUGCUCUCAGCAACCCCAUCUACACUCAAGCAAAAGGUAAGUAGUCGGUGAGGCCGAGCGGACGAAUCCUGCUCCUCCUCCACCUCGUCAUGUGGAUCAUCAACAGUACCAUAAACCUCAUCGUUGACGGGCGUUACAAAGACUUUAGUGAUUUAAACGUGUUUUCUGGUUAAGUUUGUAAAUACAGUCUGCGACGUCCACAGUAAUCCUGAGAAAUCAAUACCGGACCGGCGACUAUUCCUCCAACUUUGUGGCAAAACUCAAGCUGCCGAUCAAACUAUGUCAUCAGGUGAGCGCUUUAAACGAUCACUCAGGCCCACUCGCGAUCUCGACAAAGGAAAGUUUGGGACAUGCAAUGCAUCGCGGAUAUUGUGAGGUCCUCUUUGACCUUAUUUCAGUCUGAUACAUGCGGUUAGAAUCAGUUCUUUUGUGCACGUGCAGGUGGGUCGACCUUACACAAGCCUGGUGCAUGUUACGGAAAUCGGGUCGUGUGGGGAACGCGUAGAUGGACUCUAAGCAUGUUUUCUUGUUAAGUUUGUGAAUAAAGUCUGCGGCGUCCACUGCAAUCCGGAGAAAUCAAUACCGGACCCGGGACUGUUCUUCCAACUUGGUGGCGAAACAUAAAUUGCCGAUCAAACUGUGUCAUCAGGUGAGCCCUUUAAACGACCACUCAGAUCCACUCGGGAUCUCAAGGGCUGAAGCAGCGCUCUGCUUAAGUGCAAAGCGAGCUGGUCCUUUCGUCUGCAAUUAGUAGUCCUUCCUAUCGAAGGUCAUUUCCGGUUCAUGCGCACGCAUGGUUGGGAUACCGGGCUGGAGUACAUUUUCGGCCGUUGGGUAGGUGGUGGUUCAUCAGCGCUCGAUUUCUUUUCGAGAAAUCAUUGGAUCAGUGUGCGCCAAUUGCUGUACGAAUAAAUGAAGUGAGGCUUACACUGAGGAAUCCAACCCUGCGCCCUCCUCACUGUACUAAAUCCGGCGUUCUUACAUCCCUUACGGCGCUUUCGGAGGAUUGCCAAUUGACGGGAUAACUUCGUCCUCUUAAGAGUAUUUUCGAGUGAAUGAAGGAUCGGGAGUCAGGCUGCAAUGGCUACUUCUUAGUGUAGCAUGAGGUCCUCGUUGACCUUAUUGUAGCCUCGCACAUGCAGUGAGAACCAUUUUUUUGCGGCAUGGGUUAGAUGGUAGUUGGUAGCCCUCCCGGUACCGAAAACUCCCAGCCACCUGACUUACGGGAUCGGUGGUAAUAGGGGCUAUACGGGUGGGGCAAAUGAGUGGAGGCGUGAAUGGCGCUUGUAGGGAAUGCCUGGAAUUGACGAUCCUGAUAAAGUGGAAACCUAAUUUAAUUAAGGUGAAAAAUGCGAGGAAGGUGAACACUUCGGGUCUGACUGACGUAUGAGACGCCUUGCUGUUGUAGUCUGAACCCAAGAGGUAGUAAGUGCGCGAUGUGGUAGGUGAAGUGCGUCCAGUUCAAACCCAGCAAUGUCGAAGCGCCCGGGGGGUGUCCUAGUGCCUUAAACUGGAAGUGCAGGAAAGGAUCGCUAACUGGUCAUGGCGGUGUUUACAAGGCGUCACAGUUUUCAGCCAAACCCCUGCGACCAAAUACAACCGGGCUGUUCGUAAAGGCGGGGGUGGAGGGCAACACUCUGUCAAUACGACUGAUGCAGUGGAUGGAGUAUCGGUUGACACCCUAACUGAGCGUCGGUUGUCCUUUCGUACACGAUCGCACCGGACUCUACUGGAGGUCUGGAGUAAAAAGACCCAAGGCUGCAGGCAAACCGACGAAACGGAGACCCGCGCCAAUCCGCCUAGGGUAGUACCUAUGCAAUUAAUCUGAUGCAGGUAAUACUGUGCGCACAUGCAACUAGAAGCAUAAUGGGAAGCAUGAUGAAUCAUAAUCCGUUAAGGAUAAAUCUUUCGCCUUUACUAAAGAUUUCCGUGUGGGGGUGCAAUACAAUGAGUCUAUAUAGACAGUCUUGCAGCGCUUCGUUCUCGAGUCGGUUAAAGUGAAGAAGAAAGUCAUCCUGACAGGGCCUCUGUCCGUGCACACCCCAGACAUAAUGAGAACGUUAUCACAUAUACCGAAAUCGAGCCAGUAGGUACAAUUGUAGAAUCAGUGGGCAGGGCUACCAACUACCAUCCCGCCGCGGCAUGUGCAGAUGGGUCGACCUUGCACAAGCCUGGUGCGUGUAACAGAGAUUGGGUCGUGUGUGGCGCGCGUAGAUGGGCUGUGUAGCUUUGCCAACUUCUGGUCUUCUCGGUAUUGUCUUGCCACCGGAGCUAGGUGGGUGAGAGAUAGGCGAGAGUGCGGAAGAUGUUGCGCAAGUUUGCCUCACCAAAAAUUAAUCCACGAGUAAGUUAACCGGCUCUACGAUCACUCCCCGGAGGGGCAGACGGUGGACCCCGAUUUCGAGGGGCGAACUGUCAUGGAUGAAAGGCCGAUUUGCAGCGUCGGUGGGUGUCAAGUGUCCGUUGGUCUCUAAUCCCGGGUGUCGGCCGGAGCUACGAUUGUCUGAAUAAAGACAGAAGAUACCGCAAACACAGUGUCUGUUCCUUCGUCGGAUCCCGUUCGCGCUGAUUUGAACUCGAACGUCCUCAACUGCAUUUUGUAGAUGUGCUUCCGCCUUCUUAUCUGAGCCGGAUAUUACAAGUAGUUCUUGUGUGAACAAAUAAACCGAGCUAUGAAGGAGUGUCAGCAAGGGGUGGUCGUUUCCGACAUACUUGCGUCAGUAGACGGCAGCACCUCAUUUGCGUGCAGACCUAAGCCCUAGUCAGUUGGUCAUCGAGCAUUCGAGACGAGCACACUACCAGGCUGUGGGGGUACCUAUCCACAUGUCCGAAAUCCAACUCCAAUGCCAACUAUAACUCCGAAACUUACCCUUUUACCCCUAGUUCUGAUAGUAAAUCCAACCCAAACCCUAAACCCUCCUAUGAUCUAACCCAAGGGAGUAGUUAUCAGCGCGCCCUACCGCAUUAUUAUUGUUCCACUACGGUUCAGGGAGAACCAAAAGGUAGUUUUUUAGGGCUCUAGUUUGCGUCUGAAGGCUACAGGUAAUUGUCCAAACAGGAACGCCUACCUGACGACAGCAGCCCCAAACCAUUCAUAUCCACCGUAAAUUCUGCUUGUGGCUGUGCAGUGGCGACUGUCUGGCAUUUGGUCAUCGUGGAACAGUUUUCCUGGCUGUCGGUGAUCGCCCAUGAGUCGGUGUGCACCCAUUCCUGAGUGAAUAAAUGCCCGACCCGCAGCGACAGAGAGCGGCAGAUGGUGAGGCGCUGAUGAACUUCGGUCGAACUAAGUGCUUAUGACCCAUCUGUUAGACUCUGCUGGCGGACCAGGUGCUCCGGGUGCGUCUGUGCGCAUGUUUCGGCUUCAGGUGCCACCUGGUGGCCGGGAUUAUGAUUUUCCUGAUGAGGGCAAACAAACUCGAAACAAUUCCCUCUCAAUCUACCUCCCAGACUCUGUCACCUCCCCUCUGAUACAUAUGUAUAUGUAUACAUAUAGUGGGUUGCAGAAUAAAUGAACUGUUUGUGGUCCCAAAGGCCACCUCCUACGUCACUUGCCGGGUCGUCUUCUUAAGCGUUCUGGUAGAUUCGGCACCAGGAUUACGUCGUAACUACGGUAUUUCUCAUCCAUAUGCCAGUCUCUCAUCCUUUCUGUGGCUGUCGAGUCGUCCCUAGACUCUGGACUCCAAUAUGCCUGAAAAGGUAGGCAUGUCCAGACAGUACAGGGUUUAAAGCCAUCAGACGGACGUGCAUUCCCUGUCAUGUUCGUUGACGGACGUCUGCGGCGGCCCACCGGUUCCUCUUCAGCCUGGUUCGAUUUGGGCAAAUGUCACAUUGAUCUCUUUGGUUCGUGCGCCUUAAAUCACAUUUGCAUCCUGCUUGAAAAUCACUUUUUUGUCGGCUUUCAGUAGCCCGACUGUCAAUUCAUUUUAUGUGAGCGAGUGAGUGGAAUUCAAGCAAUCACUGGCGCGACGCAUCCGCAUGAUCAGAGAUAUCGCAGCUGCAGUGAUGGCAAUCAGAUCGACCUAUUUAUUCUGCCCGUAGCCGAGCCAAUCAUUCUUUCUCUUUUUUAGCUGAAGCCCCCACCGUUGCGAAGAUUGUUCACUCUGCCCACCAGUUCCUCAAAACCGGUAGGCCCUUUGGAGUCAAGGGUGAGAAUAUACUUUUUCAAUGUUUGCCUCAUUAGAUGGCGUGCGACCAACACACAGUUGUAAACUUUCAUUUCUCAAAGGAACCUCCGUCUAG